AGGUGGCGGCUGCUCUUGUCGGCUCCGGACGGCCUCCGCGCCGCAGCCCGCGCCCUGUCCGCGCCGGAGCCGCCCAGGUGCCCACGAGGAUGGUGGCGCGGCCCUAGGCCCAGGCUCCGCACCAUGACCUGCUGGCUGUGUGUCCUGAGCCUGCAGCUCCUGCUUCUGCCCGCGGCCCCGCCCCCCGCUGGGGGCUGCCCGGCCCGCUGCGAGUGUACAGCGCAGAUGCGCGCGGUAGCCUGUCCCCGGCGCCGGCUGACCGCGGUGCCCGACGGCAUCCCGGCCGAGACGCGCCUGCUAGAGCUCAGCCGCAACCGCAUCCGCUGUCUGAACCCGGGCGACCUGGCCGCCCUGCCGCUGCUGGAGGAGCUGGACCUGAGCGAGAACGUGAUCGCGCACGUGGAGCCCGGCGCCUUCGCCAACCUGCCGCGUCUGCGAGUGCUGCGCCUCCGCGGCAACCUGCUGAAGCUCAUCCCGCCCGGCGUCUUCACGCACCUGGACAACCUCACGCUGCUGGACCUGAGCGAGAACAAGCUGGUCAUCCUCCUGGACUACACCUUCCAGGACCUGCGCAGCCUCCGCCGGCUGGAGAUGGGCGACAACGACCUGGUGUUCAUCUCGCGCCGGGCCUUCGCGGGGCUGCUGGCGCUUGAGGAGCUGACCCUGGAGCGCUGCAACCUGACGGCGCUGUCGGGCGAGUCGCUGGGCCACCUGCGGGGCCUGGGCGCCCUGCGGCUGCGGCACCUGGCCAUCGCCGCCCUGGAGGAUCAGAACUUCCAGCGGCUCCCGGGCCUGCUGCACCUGGAGAUCGACAACUGGCCGCUGCUGGAGGAGGUGGCCGCCGGCAGCCUGCGGGGGCUCAACCUGACCUCGCUGUCCGUCACGCACACCAACAUCACCGCCGUGCCGGCCGCCGCCCUGCGCCACCAGGCCCACCUCACCUGCCUCAAUCUCUCGCACAACCCCAUCAGCACGGUGCCGCGAGGGUCCUUCCGCGACCUGGUGCGCCUGCGUGAGCUGCACCUGGCCGGGGCCCUGCUGGCCGUGGUGGAGCCGCAGGCCUUCCUGGGGCUGCGGCAGAUCCGCCUACUCAACCUCUCUAACAACCUGCUGUCCACGCUGGAGGAGAGCACCUUCCACUCGGUCAACACGCUGGAGACGCUGCGCGUGGACGGGAACCCGCUGGCCUGCGACUGUCGCCUGCUCUGGAUCGUGCAGCGCCGCAAGACCCUCAACUUCGACGGCCGCCUGCCGGCCUGCGCCACCCCAGCCGAGGUCCGCGGCGACGCGCUGCGCCACCUGCCGGACUCGGUGCUCUUCGAGUAUUUCGUGUGCCGCAAGCCCAAGAUCCGCGAGCGGCGGCUGCAGCAUGUCACGGCGGCCGCGGGCGACGACGUGCGCUUCCAGUGCCGCGCCGAGGGCGAGCCGGCGCCCACCGUGGCCUGGGUGACGCCGCGCCACCGCGCGGUGACCGCCGCCAGCGCCGGCCGGGCGCGCGUGCUGCCGGGCGGCACGCUGCAGAUUCGGGACGCGCGGCCAGGGGACAGCGGCACCUACACGUGCGUGGCCAGCAACGCGGGCGGCAACGACACCUACUUCGCCACGCUGAGCGUGCAGCCCGAGCCGGCCGCCAACCGGACCCCGGGCGAGGGCCGCAACGACACGCAGGCGGCCCCGCGCUUCCCUCUGGACCUCACCACCAUCCUGGUGUCUACCGCCAUGGGCUGCAUCACCUUCCUGGGCGUCGUCCUCUUCUGCUUCCUGCUUCUCUUCGUGUGGAGCCGCGGCCGCGGGCAGCACAAGAACAACUUCUCGGUGGAGUACUCUUUCCCCAAGGUGGACGGGCCCGCCGCGGCUACCGGCCAGGGAGGCGCCCGCAAGUUCAACAUGAAGAUGAUCUAAGAGGCCCCGGCCCACCUCCCGCGGCCCCCGCCGCUGCGCCUGCGCCGGAGGCCGCGUCUCCGUCUCCGCCCAAGUCCACGCCAGCCCGUGGCUGACCCAUCUGACGACCAUCUAUGCGUUUCCCGUAGGGGGCGGCCGCAAGCCGGCUCCUGGCAGAACUUGCCCUUUUUUUGUAGAGACCCAACCACAGGACUGUUUUUUCAUCAGGAUGCAUCUUUUGCAGAGUUUCUCAAGCGUUUUCUUAGGGUUUCACCCUGUCUUCCUGCCCCUGGUGUGGUCGCUGAGCUGGGCAGGGGGCAGGGGGGUGCUCAGAGGCCCAGCGUCCUGGGCGUAAACCGCUCACACCUGGUGGAGAUGGUCUACACCUGGAACCCCACGGAGGUCAGCAGGGGCAUGUGAAAGCCCUCACUGUUCACACCUGCACGCACACGCACACACACACACACACACACACACACACACACCCCGCCCCCGUCCCUACACCAGAGCACACACUCACACCCGGAACAUACAACCAGACGCAUGGCUCCAGAGUGGAACACACACACCCCACACCCAGCUGACACUGAGCAGGCGCCCCCAGCUCCAGAGCUCACCAAGGGCGCGCAGGGCCCUGGGGAGAGGCCAGCCUGCACCCAGACAUUCAGCUCACACCCAACUCCCGCUCAGCUGGCCACCGUGGGGCAGAUCCCAGGCGCUGUGCUACUGUCUCGCUGAGGAGGAGGUCAGGCUCACCCUGAGGCGGUCCGGCACGCAGGAUGGUCCCAGACCCCUGCACCCAGACUCCCGCCCGCCAGGACCUGCUGGCCAAGCAGGGUGGGCUGCCUGCUAGGAGAAGCCAUUUCCCUGGUUCCUCCCACCAUCCCUCACAGCUGCCACCUGCUUCCUUGCCCUCACCACCCAGGAGGGACAGCCGUCCUGGCCCCUGGCCCAGGAGCAUGGCUUCCAGGUGUCCCUCUCCAGCAGGCCAGUUGGAGCGACCUUCAAUCCCGAGUCUGCACCACCCCUGCCCAGUCCCGUGGCCCAUUGCUCACCUCGGGAAGGAGACCAGAGCGUGGACGGUUCUCAGGGUCCCUGUUAUGGGCAUGGAAGGGGCAGUGACGGGGAGAAAGGCCAGGACAGAGGUUCAAGCUACAGGGAGGCCUGGACCUGGGUCGUUGGGAGAAGGUGACAGAGGCACCUUGGUCUCUGCAACGUUGGGGCAGAUCUUGGGCCAAAGAGUAGAGAGGGUCACAGGAAGACUGUAGCUCAGGUGAAAGAAGAGCUUCCCCAAGGUCACUGCCCUGUUGCUCUACAGGUAGUGAGUUCCCAGUCACUGGGGGUAUGCAAGCAGGAGCUGAGGUUUUGCAGAAGUAUUCAGAUACCAGACAGGGACCGUACAUGACCCUGCCUCGCCCAGCCUGGUCCUUGCCCCGACUCUCUACCUCGGCCAGACCAGUUAGGGCAUCACCUGGGGGAAGGGGCACAGGAAAUUUUGUGUGGCCUGGCCCUGGCCGGAAGGGAGGUUAGACAGUAUUCUCAAGGACCUUGUAAGAAGGUUCAAAGCCAGCUCUGUGCCCUCGCAGCUGUGUAAUCUUUGUUGGCAACCGAGGACCACCUGGACCAUUCGUGUCCACGUCUAUAAAAUGGGUCUGACGGUCAAACCUAUUGCUACAUACGUAGAGGCCAGGCCCGUGGACAAGCUUGAUGAUUGACUUGGAUUCUGGAUCCCUCAAGAUCUUUCUGAGAUGAGCCAGAGAGAAAGCUGUCCCUCCUGGAAGUUUUGCACAAAGGAUUCAGCCAGAAGGUGGAAGGGGACACUGGCCGUUCUCCCUGGGCUGGCAACACCGGGAGGCCCUGAUCCUGCUUCCACAGUGUGCACAUGGGCCAACAGGGCUGUGUGGCAGGCUGCUUACCACAGCCAGCCAGGGUGGGGACCCCACCCAACCCCACCCAACCCCAUUCAUGACAGGAAGUAAGGGAGGGCCGAAUGGGGUGUCCGGCAGCCCUACACACAGUCGAACAGAAUGGACUGGUUUUGUUCCCUUAGCAUCCUCCUGACCUUGGUUGCCACGACAACACCGAGGGCCCGUCAAAACGACAUCCAAGUGCCUUUAACAUCAUCAAGACAGGAGGGAGUAUGUUCUCAGCAGUGUUAGGACUUACAGAAGGUCAGCAUAUUGAGAUCUCCCAGCCCCCUCUGCCUGCCCCCUGUCCCAACAUCAACCAAGACCCCUAGCCCCUGCCCCCCACCCCUACCCUGCUGUAUUUGGUUGGAAUCCAAUAAAAAUGAAACCAAUCUAAUAACAAACUUCAGGGUUUUUUAAAAUUCUCAUGGGAAGCAUGGGGGCACAAAGUAGGGGCUGCUGGGGGUCCCUGAGGGAGAUGCCUGGCUUCAGCACCAAAGCUGACCCUGAGUCAUAGGGCAUUUGUGGAGAAUGACCCGUGUGAUAAGGUUAGAGGUCACACUUCAGGAGUGCCCGUGCUGUUCCCAGCGCUGUUCCCUGUGCUGCCUGUAUUCACUCCCCUGUGAGCUGGGUCCUGUUAUGACCCCAUUUUACAGGUGGGCAAAGGGAGGGUCAAGUCCCCAGCUAGGGAGAAGCAGGGUGCUGAGAGGGACCAGUGGCACUGGGCUGUCCAGGGGAACUCUUGACCUGAGCUCGGUCCAGGGGCAGAGCCAGCGGCAGGGAGGAAAGGAGAAAUGAGGUGCAGACCCACUCCGUCCCUGCUGCGCCUCCGGAGCUGGCAACUUCUUCUCCUGGGGCUUCCCCUGGCCAAGGGCAGCUGAAGGGGGACCCGCCCCGUUGGUGGCUAGAAACCCAAGGCGGGGCCCCUCAGAGGGGUGUCUGUGGCCUCAGUGCUGUGUGGCCUGGGGGAAGUCGCUGCCCCUCUCUGUGCAGUGCGCUUAUCUAUAAACUGGAGGAUUAUGGUCCUCUUUUAUGCAGGGAACUGUUUGAGCUUCCUAUGGCUGCUGUAACAAAACUUAGUGGCUUACAACAACUGAGAUUUAUUAUUUGACAGCUCUGGGGCUCAGAAGUCUAAAAUGGAUUGGCAGCUGGUCCUUCCGGAGGCUCCAGGGGAGCAUCGG